AUGAGUCGAGGCCUUCUAUUUGCUUGGCUGUGUUGGUCGCUUUGGACAGACCGGGCAGCCGCUCAAUUCCAAAGCAUCACGCCAGCGGAGCAUAGGGAGAUUACAUUCACCAUUCAUGUUUCCGACGAUGCGGCAAAGUCAAAAUCGGGGUCAAUUUACUUUCAGAUGAACUCCACCCGCCCUAUUCAAUGGUUCUCGCUGGCACAGGGAAUCCAUAUGCGAGACUCUAAUAUGUUCAUUGUUUAUACCUCGAGCAGACAUGACAAUAUCACAGUUUCCCCGCGCCUUGGAAAAGGCCAUUUUCUACCACUUUAUAAUCCACACGCCGACGUCUCAAUAUUGGAUGGAAGUGGAGUCCACAACGGAUCUAUCACUGCGAACAUCCGCUGCGACAGCUGCAUCACCUGGGAAGGGGGCCGUGAAGACCUCGAAAGCCCCGCCAGCCCUUGGAUAUGGGCUAUCAAGUAUGGGAAACCGUUGAAUUCCGAUAGCGUUACAGCGCAUCUACUUGAACACGAUGAUGAUGGUGUUGCUUUUGUAAAUAUGAAGAAGGCCACGGGUUCACUCGCCAUUGAUGCCACUGCAAAUCCUUUCAGCGACCUGGCUAAUGCCAACAUUACCCCAGCAUGGAACAGACCACCAUUUGACUCGGUGGGGCUCAACAAAAAGAAAAUUGCACACGCAGUAUUGAUGACGGUGGUGUUUACGGCACUUUUUCCAUUUUCGGCCAUCAUCUUAUAUUUAUUCCCUUCGUCAGGGAUUGUUACUAUCCAUGCAACAUUGCAACUAUUUAACCUGAUUAUUGCCAUUGCUGGAUUUGCUGUGGGUAUCUCAAUGUCUCAGCAAAUUCAUCUCAUGCGUCACCAUCAUCCCAUCAUUGGAAUCAUUGUGGUCGCAGGCUUGACUAUUUUCCAGCCCGCAAUGGGACUGAUUCAGCAUCGACACUACCACAAAACAGGAGGCAAAGGGGCUUUCGCCUAUCUCCAUCGCUGGUUUGGGCGGGCGAUGAUGAUUCUAGGUGUUAUCAACGUUGGAUUGGGAUUCCAACUGACCGGGUGGCGGGAUCCCUUUGCCCCCCGAGGAGCAGUUAUAACUUGCAGCAUUAUGGCCGGAAUGGUCGCUGCAGUAUAUAUCUUGAUCAUAGGGCUCACAAGUGCAAGGAAUAGGCGGGCUGCUUCAGGCUGA